UUUUGGUUUGAUGAUUAUCGUAAAAUCUACUUUGCAUGAAGCAUUAAGUGAUGUGACGUUUCUGUAUAAUAAAUCAAUAAGGAAAAAAUUUCUGACUGCGAGAAACUCGCUCGAAAAUGGCUACAGCCGUGCGAAGUAAAAGUAUCACCAUAACUGCUUCGGCUGGAAUUGUGAUUGAUUACAUUGAUUGUGCUCUCAACACCAUCUUAUACUUACGGGGCAUAUAUCCAGCAUCACAAUACAAGACUAUACAGAAGUAUGGUUUGAGCAUUCAAAUGUCAACCGAUCCAGAAGUGCAGCAUUAUUUGAAGAACAAUUUAUCCCAAAUCAAAAAAUGGAUCAUCAAAGACGAGUUCAUACGUCUCUGUCUUGUUAUAAAAGACGCGGAAGGUACAGAAGUCGAAAAUUAUGAAUUCAGAGUUCAAAAAAAGGAUGAUCCAAAUAACCGAAAGGAAAAACGAACGAUUGAUGCUGAAAUCGGUGCGAUUUUGCGUAGUAUAAUUGUAGCCUGCCAAAGUCAUUCUCGACUAGACUCUAACCAUCAGUUUAUAAUAAAGGUUUACAGGACCCCAAAUUCUCCAUUGCCAUAUAACUGGACCGAGCACGAACACGUUGAUUUUGAAGUUGUUCAUGCAUUGGAUUUCGGGGAACUUUUAACGGGAUUACAUCAAGUGAACUCGAGAGAAGAACGUUAGUGAUGGUGUACAAGUAAAAAAAAAAAAAAGUUCGAAAAGACAUGUUUAUCAGUUUCAGAUUAAUUUUGAA